UGCUGGUUGCAGUAUCGUCCUAGAACCGGUACUUCGCGGGUCGCGGAACUGCGUCUUUAUGUGUCAAAGUGUUUUAUAAUACAUAAAGAAUUAAACAUCUGUCGUGUGAAACAAUGUGAAAAAAACGCAUACCUCUGUAUUGCUUAUAAAUAUGUGAUGAUAAAAAUGUAAUCCGUAUCAUUUACACAUGUAGUAAAAUAUAUUUAAACAGAAAUGGAGCCUAAGAAGAGAAGGAUACAACAUAGACGACCAGUGUGUCUAAUACUAAGUUUGUGUGUGCUUGUCUCAUUAUGUAUGUGCCUUGUAAACGGAAAUGAAGAAGAUGAGAAGGAAACUCUGUCGGUGUCUGAUGAACUAACUCCAGAAAGUCUGAUAGACAAAGAUAUAAACAAUAUAGAUAAUCCUAAGAAAACAACUAAUUAUGGUGGUUACAUUGUGGGCAGAAUAGUGGAUUCUUUAACUAUGCUGUCAUAUAAGUCAUUUUUGCCGUAUAACAUGAACGACGUAGCAAGGAUGUAUUCUGUUAAAAAAGACAACAGAACAUUCAGUCUGUAUGAAGACAACUCAGUGUGGGACGGUUUAUUUAGUGAAUGCGGGAAGAAUACGUCAUUAAACUGUGUUAAAAGAAAUGUAUUUGAAUAUUUAAAUCGAACAAUUGUAACAGACGGGGAUUUCCAUGUUACUGAUAGCUUAAUAUUCACGAAAAGUGGGGACGAGCUGAUUGAAAAUAAGUACGACAGAAAUUUGAAUAACGUAUCAUAUCACCAUGACAACAGAACGAGUGUCAACGGCAGUGAAAAUUCUGAACAACGUUCUUUCCAUUCGUUUCGCGGUUUGACCGAUGUUCUUUAUGAAAAAGGUGUCAACUUCAUUAUGACACAUGAUCUGGUACUUCAACUCCCGGAGAUGGUGUUUGGUGGCGCUGUAGUGCGAAUUUCACCGAAAGGUGUAGAAGAAGAUGGCGGCGCCAUGUUUAAGUUGGAAGUAAAUCAAGGAAAGAAUGAUUCGGGAGAAGGUCGGAUUUUUUUUAAGAAACAAAAGAAGAAGCUGAUGAUGGCAUUCUUUGCACUGCUGAUGGUUAUCAAGAUGAUCAAGGUAAAGCUUAUGUUUCUCGUUCCAAUGCUUCUUGGGGUCGGAACUGCGAAGAAGCUGUUCCUCAAGCUGCUGUUAUUCAUCUUCCCGGCCUUCGCACACAUCUUCAAAUUCUGUGCCUAUUACCACGCAGCGCACACAAAAUUCCAUCAUCAUCACCACCAGAUCGCUCAUCACCACCACCACGUUCCCGUACCAGUACCUGUCCAUGUUGAUCACUCCCAUACCGUUCACGUCGACCAUCAGUCACCACCGCCACAGCACUACGGACCCAACAGCUGGGACUCUUCUGCUCCGGAUUAUAUCUCCAGCCGGAACGAGUACUUGUCUCCAACACAGGAAAAUGAACUGGAGAGCUGGGGGCUUAUGUCUAAGGGUGCCUUUCAUGUUCCUGCAGCGGCGCUCAACCCCGACUCUCAGUCGCUGGCAUACAGUGCGUACGAUCAAUUUCUGGACGACCAAAGAGUGUCCAGAAGUGCAUUGACUGUUACUGAACCUGCGAGUAUAUUUCUUCCUCCAAAACCAGAGACUCCUGCCAGAUUCGAUCCAAAUAUUAUCUCACCACCGAAACAGUAUCCUUCACCUCCUUACGUCAGUAACCAACAGCAGGAACUCUUACUUCAUCAGCUAAAUAACAAACAGCAAAAUAUUCACUUUGAAGGCCACGGUGGUAUUCAGCAACACAAAACAAUUCGAGUAGUAGACCCCACAGCUGUUGCUGAAAAUAAACAAGCUAAACUACACCAAGAACAGUUACUUUUGGAACAACAAAAAUAUCAACAGCUUCUAAGACAGCAAGAGGCACUGAGACUCAAAAACCUGACACCGAGGCCUCCAGCUGAAGGCACUACAGUGCAGGUGGCGUAUGACCCAUUCUACAGCCCCAUAUUGCAGAAAAUGGACAACGUAUUCGUACAGCUUGGAUUUAACGAGGAGGCGUGCAGAGAAAGACUGGUGUGCAGCAUGUACAAGACUCCUUCCCGAUUCAGUCCCCACAGCAACUUGAUAUCGGCAGAACUCAGCAGGUAA